GCUGCCUUCUCAGCUCUCAGUCGCCGCUACACGGAGACCGCGGCCGCUCGCUCGCUUCCGUACCGAACACUCGAAAUCCGAGAAAGUGAUUCGUGAAUUAUAUCGGUGAUAAGUUUUGGAGGAUUUUGGCGGAGUGAGCGCUUAAGUCUCCUUGAUAACUGAUGCGGCACUGUUCGGAUUAGGACCUACACCGACCAACCUCCUUAACAUAACCUCAAAAGAAAUGACAGCUGAGUGACAUUAAAAUUUUACAUUCGCGCCUAUAAUUAUUUUUGCUUUCGCGACAAAAAUAGUGUCGAAAAUUAUGAGGAUACGAUCCUUGGCGAGAUAAUAUUAAAUUCUUUUCUGUGAUAAAUUUGUGAUGGCGUCGUGGAAGUCGAUCGUGGUUUGGACUUUGUGUGUGGUGGUAGCGCUGCUGGGGAACAUCUCGGGGCUGGACAAUGGGCUAGCCCUGACGCCUCCCAUGGGAUGGCUGGCUUGGGAAAGGUUUAGAUGUAACACCGACUGCAAGAAUGAUCCUGAUAAUUGUAUCAGUGACCGUCUGUUCCGCACGAUGACCGAUAUCCUGGUAAACGAGGGAUACGCAGCUGCUGGCUACGAGUACAUCAAUGUAGACGACUGCUGGCCUGAGAGGGAGCGUGACCCCCACGGCAAGCUGGUGCCGGAUCGGGAGAGGUUCCCGUAUGGCAUGAAGAGCCUGUCUGAUUACGUGCACAGUAAAGGCCUCAAGUUCGGAAUUUACGAGGACUACGGUAACUUCACAUGCGCGGGGUAUCCCGGCGUCGUCGGACACUUGGCUGGAGAUGCAUCAACGUUCGCAUCCUGGGGGGUGGACUACGUGAAACUGGACGGUUGUUACGCUCUCCCUGUGGACAUGGACUACGGUUACCCCGAAUUCGGACGCCAGCUCAACCUGACUGGCCGUCAGAUGGUGUAUUCCUGCAGUUGGCCUGUGUACCAGAUCUACGCCGGUAUUCAGCCCAACUUCUCGUCAAUCAUAGAGCACUGCAACCUGUGGCGCAACUUCGACGACAUCCAAGACUCGUGGGCGUCCGUCGAGUCUAUCAUAGACUACUACGGAAACCAUCAGGACGUUAUCGUGCCUAAUGCUGGACCAGGACAUUGGAAUGACCCUGACAUGCUGAUCAUCGGCAACUUCGGCCUGUCAUACGAACAGAGCAAGACUCAGUUCGCGAUAUGGGCUAUCCUGGCGGCGCCGCUGCUCAUGAGCGUGGACCUGCGCACCAUCAGGCCUGAGUACAAGGCGAUCCUGCAGAACAGGAAGAUCAUCGAGGUAGACCAGGACCCGCUCGGCAUUCAGGGCAGAAGGAUAUACAAGCACCGAGGCAUCGAGAUUUGGUCUAGGCCGAUCCUGCCGAUCCAGGGCCAGUACUACUCGUAUGCGGUGGCGUUUGUGAACAGACGGACGGACGGGACGCCCUCGGACGUGGCUGUCACUCUGAGGGAGCUCGGACUCAACAACCCGUCCGGGUACAGGGUUGAGGACUUGUACGAGGACGUGGACUACGGCGUGCUCUCGCCGCAGACGAAGAUCAAAGUGAAAGUGAACCCGUCAGGUAGUGUGGUCAUCCUGCGAGCGGAUGCGCAACCGAGCUACGCGUACAACGCGAUCACAUCGCGGACAACGUACGCGCCACUCAACGACGUGUUCAGACUAACUAAGAAAUAGCGCCAUCUAUCAACCGCGCGCCGAAACGACAACUAGCCCAGUCAGUUAGGAUCCGCAAGUACAACACACACAGCGCACUGGACGGUCAAUAUCACUUUACGGAUUGACGGUUCGAUUGAUGCUUUAAUUUUUCAAUGUAUAGUUAGUAUUUUAAUUUUUAUGUAUGAUAGUGUCUUUUUUUUAUUAAUGUUUGGAGUAAUUCAAUCGAGAUUAGUUUGUUAACUUAUAAACGCUUUGAUAUGGAAAUUUAGAAUAUUAAAUAAAACUGAUAAUAUGAAUGUUUUGUUUAUAAAUGUGAUAGGAUACGUCUGGGGUUGGCCCCAAAAUGGUAGAGAAAAUAUUUUCUUUAAUUUUUCGCUAUUUAAUACAAAAUACAUAACAAUAGUAGCUUUAAAUAAUACCCUCAUUCAGGACAAACAAGUCUUAAUACAAACCAUCAGUCCAUAUUGACCGUUCGCGGGCGCUCUUAGUAUAUUUCCACUCGAAUGGUGUGAAAGAAGUUACCAGCCGGUGCGUAUCUCUUGCCCUUAGGUUACAUGUUAUUUAUGUUUCGCUCGCUGCCUGAGUUCAUGUGUAACAUGCGUGAAGAUAUGAAUAUUUUGCCAUUACGUUGUACGUAGGAUAAGUGUGUACAUUUUAGGUGCCUUUAAAUGUAAGAUUUUUUUGUAGAAAACUCAAUAAAUAAUAUUUACAAUUA